CGUCUCCGAGCUCUCUACAUCUUGAGAUCCGCCGUAUUCUUCUCUGUCCCACAAUUUCUCUCUCUUUGUCCUUCUCUUGUUCAAUCUCAGAUUGAACCAGAGAGAGAACAAGAGAUAUUUUUUCCUUUUUGUUCGUUCCCAGAUCUAGUAAUUUACGAAUAAUCCAGAUCUUAGCCAGUCAUCAUGGCGUCUGUGGCUGCGACUGAGAACAAGUGGCUCAGAGGGAGAGUGAAGGCUGUGACCUCUGGGGACUGCUUGGUGGUCACGGCUUUGAGCCACAACAAGCCCGGCCCUCCACCGGAAAAGACCAUCACUUUAUCUUCUCUCAUCGCUCCUAAGCUGGCUCGCAGGGGAGGUUUAGAUGAACCUUUUGCAUGGGAAAGCAAGGAGUUUCUGAGGAAACUUUGCAUAGGAAAGGAGGUUGUAUUCAAAGUUGAUUACAAAGUGGAAGCUAUUGCUGGUAGAGAAUUUGGCUCUGUUUUCCUUGGCAAUGAAAAUGUUGCCAUGCUUGUUGUUACUGCUGGCUGGGCAAAGGUCAGGGAGCCAGGCCAGCAAAAUCAGGAUAAGGUCAGUCCUUACAUUGCGGAAUUGCUACGGCUUGAAGAGCAGGCCAAGCAAGAAGGGCUUGGCCGUUGGAGCAAGAUUCCUGGUGCCGGUGAGGCAUCUAUCAGAAAUCUUCCUCCUUCUGCCAUCGGGGAUGCUGGUAACUUUGAUGCGAUGGGCCUUUUAGCUGCAAACAAAGGAAAGCCCAUGGAGGGUAUUGUUGAGCAAGUCCGUGAUGGCAGCAUGGUUCGAGUCUAUCUUCUUCCAGACUUUCAGUUUGUGCAAGUAUUUGUUGCUGGAGUUCAGGCUCCAUCAAUGGGAAGGAGACCUGCAGCCGAUAGUUUUAUUGAGACAGAUGUUGCCUCAUCUGAGCCGAAUGGAGAUGUUUCUACGGAACUGCGUGGUCCUCUAACGACAGCCCAGAGACUUGCUGCCUCUGCAGCAUCAUCGGUUGAGUCUUCUCCUGAUCCAUUUGCAACGGAAGCCAAGUACUUUACUGAGCUUCGUGUUCUGAGUAGAGACGUUCGCAUUGUUUUGGAAGGCGUUGACAAGUUCAACAAUCUGAUUGGUUCCGUUCAUUACUCUGAUGGAGAAACAGUGACGGACUUGGGUUUGGAGCUUGUUGAGAAUGGUCUUGCUAAGUAUGUUGAAUGGAGUGCUAACAUGAUGGAAGAUGAAGCCAAGAAGAAACUGAAAGCUGCAGAGCUUCAAGCCAAGAAAAACCGGUUAAGAAUGUGGACCAACUAUGUUCCUCCAGCCACAAACUCAAAGGCAAUUCAUGACCAGAACUUUACUGGAAAGGUAGUAGAGAUUGUAAGUGGGGACUGUGUUGUUGUUGCCGAUGAUUCUAUUCCGUACGGGAGCCCAUUGGCAGAACGCCGAGUCUGUCUUUCGAGUAUCAGGUGUCCUAAAAUGGGUAAUCCACGAAGAGAUGAAAAGCCAGCCCCUUACGCUCGAGAAGCUAGGGAAUUUCUGAGACAAAGGCUCAUUGGCAAACAAGUGGUUGUUCAAAUGGAAUACUCAAGGAAGGUCAGCCCAGCAGAUGGUGGUCCUACUACUUCUGGGUCUGGCGAUUCUAGGGUCAUGGAUUUUGGCUCGGUGUUCCUUCCCUCUCUUUCGAAGGGUGAUGCUGAUGAAACUCCAGCGCCUGCUGCAGCUGCUGCUAGUGGCCAGCAGCCAGGGGCGAAUAUUGCGGAGCUUGUUGUUGCCCGUGGUUUUGGAACUGUGGUUAGGCACCGAGAUUUUGAGGAAAGGUCUAACUACUAUGAUACUCUUCUGGCUGCUGAGUCCCGUGCUAUUUCUGGGAAGAAAGGAAUCCAUUCUGCAAGGGAUUCUCCAGUCAUGCACAUCACAGAUCUUACAACGGCCUCAGCCAAGAAGGCUAGGGAUUUCUUGCCAUUCCUGCACCGAAGCAGGAGAAUCCCUGCCGUUGUGGAAUACGUUCUCAGUGGACAUCGGUUUAAGCUUCUGAUUCCAAAGGAAACAUGCAGCAUUGCCUUUUCAUUCUCUGGUGUCAGAUGUCCUGGUCGUGGCGAACCUUAUUCAGACGAAGCAAUUGCUUUAAUGAGACGAAGGAUUAUGCAGAGAGAUGUUGAGAUUGAGGUUGAAACUGUGGAUAGAACGGGUACUUUCUUGGGAUCAUUGUGGGAGUCUCGGACCAAUGUGGCAACGGUUCUUCUCGAAGCUGGCCUAGCGAAGAUGCAGACCAGCUUCGGUGCAGACAGGAUCCCUGAGGCUCAUCUUCUCGAACAGGCUGAACGAUCUGCUAAAAGCCAGAAACUGAAGAUUUGGGAAAACUAUGUUGAAGGAGAAGUAGUCUCAAAUGGUUCUACCACAGAAACCAAGCAGAAGGAAACAUUGAAGAUUGUUGUUACAGAAGUACUUGGAGGUGGUAAAUUCUAUGUACAAUCAGUUGGUGAUCAGAAAGUAACUUCGAUUCAGCACCAACUUGCUUCUUUGAAUCUCAAAGAUGCACCUGUUAUUGGGGCUUUCAACCCAAAGAAAGGUGACAUUGUCCUUGCACAGUUCAGCCUUGACAAAUCCUGGAACCGGGCGAUGAUUGUAAAUGGACCUCGAGGAGCAGUUCAGUCCCCGGAUGACAAAUUCGAAGUGUUCUACAUCGACUACGGGAACCAGGAGAUGGUUCCAUACAGCGCAAUACGCCCAGUGGAUCCUUCAGUAUCCUCUGCCCCAGGUCUUGCACAGCUCUGCAGACUCGCGUAUGUAAAGGUCCCGGGCCUGGAAGAGGACUUUGGCCCGGAAGCAGCCGAGUAUCUGAGCAAUGUGACACUGGGCAGUGGCAGAGAGUUCAGGGCAAUCGUAGAGGAAAGGGACACAUCCGGUGGCAAAGUCAAGGGCCAAGGAACUGGAACUGAACUUGCCAUCACACUUGUCGCUGUUGACGAUGAGCUCUCAGUCAAUGCUGCCGUACUUCAGGAAGGGCUUGCGAGGAUGGAGAAGCGCAAGAAAUGGGAGCCCAAAGACAAAUUGGCGGCUCUGGACAGUCUGGAGAAGUUCCAAGAGGAAGCUCGCACCUCUAGGACCGGAAUCUGGCAGUACGGUGAUAUCCAAUCGGACGACGAGGAUACCGGUCCUGUCAGAAAGCCAGGUGGCGGCGGUGGUCGCCGGUAAGCUCUGUGCCGGAGUGAGAAAAAGAAAAGGUAACUUAUGGUAGGAAACCAUAACAAGUGAUGGGUGGAAAGUGUGAUCCUUGAGGUGGGAGGGAUCAGCAUUUGCCUCUCUCUCGGUCCCACCAUGUUUUUGUUUGCAUGAAACCUUUGUAACGUUUUAGUUUUUUUUAUUUAUUUUAUUUUUGUUUUUUUAUUAGGACACAGUUUCUUGGAUCUUAUUUUUAUUUCUUUCCCCUUCUUCCGAGGACAGAAGAGAAGAGAGUGGUAAUAAGGUGCAGGUAACAACGCCUACGGUUAUUUUUCAAUUUUAGUUCGAACUCUAUUUACUUUUUCUUCCAAUUUAUUUUAUUUACUCGUCA